CCAGCCGCAACGCCCCACGCGAGGCUCGGCUGGCAGCGCGCCUCGGCUGGGGGGCGGAGCCGGCCGGAGCGGGCGGAUCCUACACAGAGCCCGGAGCCGUUUAAGCAGCAGCGCCGGCGCGCCCGUCCCUGUGUGCCCGUGUGCAUAGCCGGACCCGCUACAGCCACCGCCCGCCCGCGCCAUGCCUCGCUACGAGCUGGCUUUGAUCCUGAAAGUCAUGCAGAGGCCUGAAACAGCUGCUACACUGAAGCGCACUGUAGAGGCUCUGAUGGAGAGAGGAGCAGUUGUGAGGAAUUUGGAAAACCUGGGAGAAAGAUCAUUGCCAUAUAAAAUCACCAAGCACAGUCAACGUCACAGCAGAGGAGGGUACUUUUCGAUAGACUUUGAAGGCCCACCUACGAUUAUUUCAACCAUGAUGGACCAUUUAGGACGUGAUAUUGAUAUAAUUAGACGUACUAUUUUAAAGCAUCAAGUAGAAAACACAGAAGAAUGUGGUGGUAUAGUCCCAGUCAGCUAUGAAGAUAAAUUGUACAAGAAAACGUGAAUGUACAAAAUACCAUGUUUGAAACUUUUUAAUCUUUAUCCUGUUUUUUGGUAAAAUUGUUAUAACUUACAUCCAUGUACAGUAAUCCAUUCUAGUCAUGUGGCAUUUAUAGAACGAGAUGCAUUGAAGUUACUGUAACCUAGCUUCCUUUUUGUUGAAAAUGGAAUAAUCUCUAUUUCACUAUUCUGAAAACCAAUUUUAUUUCCUCUUAAAAGCAUUACACCUAAUUAUGUUUUUUCUCUGAUCAAAAUAUAAAAAAUCAUGUCUUUCCAGAAGAAACUCCUAAAUCCAGACUCAAAUGGCAUGUAGAAGUGGGGGCUGUAAUGAAUGAAUAUUGGAUUUAGGAGUUAUAUAUUUACAUAAUAGAUUUAAAAGUUCUAUUCUGCAAUGUAAAAAUGACCUGUUUUGCUUUGCUAUUUGAAGAAGAAAAUAAAAGUGAUUAUAAAUAAACUUGAUUCAUUUUAAGACUA